AUGAGUUACAAUUCUGGCGGGAGUGGAAGCAAAGGCUUCGGGUUCGCUGGUUUCACGAUGCCCAAACGUAAUCCGUCUAAUGUAUCGCUUCACGCGGUGCCUCCGCCGACGACUCCGAUGCAUGCUGUACCGCCGCCUUCCACCGGCUUGUCGAAGCAAGGUUACUCUACUAUGAGCUCAAUUACUCAGAAUGCGGUUACUGGUAACUGGGGCUCACUGGGGAAGAAGCGAUCAAAGACUGAAGAUGAAUAUUUUGAUGAGGAUGACGAGCCACCAACACCAGCGCUGGCUUACAUCCCUGCUCCUGGAAGCCCUACAUAUGAAGCUGGAUCCAGUUCUAAGGCGCAGGAGGAAGAUGAAGAAGAUCCCCUGGAUGCCUACAUGGCUGGAUUGGAGCAGCAGGCGGCUAAGGACCUGGUGGCCAGCAAGGAGAAUGCAGCCAGUGGGAAGGGAGACAGUGGCAGAGGCACUAGAGGAGAUAUAGAUGAAAUGGAUGAUGAAGAGAGUUAUUACAAAUACAUGGAAGAUAACCCCUUGAAUCAGGGUGAUGAUGGUUCUGAUAUGGAAAUAGAGUAUGACGAGGAUGGCAACCCUAUCGCACCACCAAAGAAGAAAUUCAUAGACCCACUACCACCCAUAGACCACUCAGAGAUUGAGUAUGAGCCUUUUGAGAAAAACUUCUACACUCCACAUGAGGAUAUUGAGAAGUUGACUCCACAGCAAGUUGAGGAGUUGAAGAAGAAUUUAGGUGUAAAAAUAUCAGGCCCAGACCCGCCGAAACCAGUCAGCAGUUUCGGUCACUUGGGCUUCGAUGAGCAGCUGAUGAAGGCAAUCCGUCGCUCGGAGUACACACAGCCGACUCCCGUGCAGGCCGCAGGUGUACCCGCCGCGCUGUCUGGCCGGGAUCUUAUAGGUAUUGCUCGCACGGGAUCUGGUAAGACGGCCGCGUUCCUGUGGCCACUGCUGGUUCACAUCAUGGACCAGAAGGAACUAGCACCUGGAGAUGGACCCAUCGGACUCAUUCUGGCACCCACUAGGGAAUUGGCGCAACAGAUCUACAUGGAGGCGAAACGUUUCGGCAAGGUGUACAACAUUAGGUGCGUGUGUUGCUACGGAGGCGGCUCCAAGUGGGAGCAGUGCAAGGCGUUAGAAGGUGGUGGGGCAGAAAUCAUAGUGGGUACUCCCGGUCGUGUGAUAGAUCUCAUCAAGUGUAAGGCGACCAAUCUUCAACGAGUUACGUACUUAGUGCUCGACGAGGCCGACAGAAUGUUUGAUAUGGGAUUCGAGCCGCAAGUCCGCUCAAUCUGCAGCCACGUGCGUCCGGACCGGCAGGCGCUGUUGUUCUCUGCGACGUUCCCGCGGCGCGUGGAGCGGCUGGCGCGCGACGCGCUGCACGACCCCGUGCGCGUGCAGCACGGCGCCGCCGGGGAGGCCAGCGCGCUCGUCGCGCAACAUGUCCGAAUAUUCCAAAAACCGGAGGAGAAAUGGACGUGGUUACUGAAUCAUUUGGUCGAAUUCCUAUCAGCGGGCAGUGUGCUAAUAUUCGUUACGAAGAAGUUGGAAGCAGAGCAGACGGCUGCGAACCUGGGCGUGCAGCAGUACGACGCUCUACUCCUGCACGGAGACAUGGAGCAAGCUGACAGGAACAAGGUCAUCACUGCAUUCAAACGGAACGAGAACAACAUACUCGUCGCUACAGACGUCGCUGCCCGAGGUCUCGACAUCCCCCACAUAAGGACAGUGAUCAACUACACGGUGGCGCGCGACAUCGACACUCACACCCACCGCGUGGGCCGCACGGGCCGCGCCGGGGCGCGCGGGGACGCCUACACGCUGCUCGACAGGCACAAGGACAGGGACUUCGCAGGACAUCUGCUCAGGAACCUGGAGGGAGUGCAGCAGGAAGUACCGGAAGAUUUGAUGCAGCUAGCGAUGCAGUCGGCGUGGUUCCGCAAGUCGCGGUUCAAGAAGGGCAAGGGGAAGAACCUUAACGUCGGCGGCUGUGGAUUAGGUUACAAAGAGCGGCCAGGUCUCCCCCCUCCUCGCGAGGACCAGUCCCCCGCGGUAUCGUUGGACAAGUCCCACGGUCCGGCCACCGACAGACUCGCUUCACUUAAAGCUGCAUUCCGAUCGCAGUAUAAUCAGUUCACAGCAUCAACAGACCACUCCUGGGAACAAACGAGGCCUAGUAUCCAGCCCGGGGUCAAUGCCCCCGCGGCGCAGGCGGAGGAGAAGUCAGAGGACAAAGCAGAGAGAUUGCGUAAGAGUGGGAAGCGGAGCCGAUGGGAGUAG